CUCUGUCUCUCUCUCCGCUUUCUCUCGUCAUUUUGUUUGUUCUACUCCACUGCUGAGAGCCUGAGAGACUUAUUUAUGCUUAGUCAUCGUACACUAUCUCUUUCACGCGAAAAUCCCUCGCAAGUUUGCUGAAAGCCUGAAAGAUCUAUAAGUUUCACGUUCUUUGCUCGUUAAUUGCCUGAGUUGUCAGUAGAACCUUUCCUGCCUUCUUUUAUAUUUCUGUGCUCUCGGUCUCUCGCCUUUUGUAACUCCGAGCCUUUUUUUAUCUGCCAGUUCUCCAAGUGUUCGCGUUGUUGCUAAGAAGGGUCUUCUUUGAAUAAUGUAACUUUGGUUUAGCUGUUCUGAUUGGUUCUUUUCCCAGUUUGGUCGAUGCCCAUUUGCUUAAAAGUGUUCUGAAUCAAUCUUGUUUGUGGUUUUAAUCAUGGGUUCUCGCUAGUCUUGCUGAAUAGAUAAUCUAUGUUCAUCUUUCUAUUGAUACCCGUUUGCUUCAAAUAGUUCUGAACCAUCGCAAAUGCAGCUUUUACUAAUGGGUUCUCCUUAGUUUGGUGCUUGUUGCUCUUUUUAAUUUCCCAACUCUAGAGCUUGACUGCGAUUUCCACCAAUUUAAGCAUGUAAAGUUAUAUCCUGUAAUUAAUUCUUAGCAUUCCGCUUCAUUUUGUUUUGUUGAUGUUUUUCUUGAUAGUUAGAAGAAAGGGGCGGUGAUGGAUCUGAGCUUUGUCAAAGUCAACCUUCUGAUCUGACCAUAUGCAGAGCGUCUGUCAAUUUUAUUAAAGUUUAGAACUUCCUAAUUCACUAUGAAUUCCAUUCGUUAAUAUCCUUGAUUCUUUACCAAGAUAAGGAAUCCAUGUAGUUGCAUCCAUUACCGACUAGUUUUUUUGCUCUUCCUCGUAGCAAUAUACUCCCACAUUCUUUAUAAGUCACUUGAGAUGUAAAUUCUGUAAUUGUAAUUAUUUGCCCAUGGAUAUUAUCAAGGGUCUGUUAUACUUGAUGAGUCGACAUUCUUUUUUCCUUUUCUCUCAAACUCCAACGAUGAAGAAGAAAUCAUUGCCUCUCUGCCCAUAAUUUUGCCUAUACAUACACAGAUAUAUUUUCUCAUGCAAGUCUAGUUACCAUGUUGGCCUCUCGAGUCCCUUAAAAUCCAAACCUGAAUUAAGCAUCUUUCAUUCCACAUAUUUCCCGGGUUAAUUGUUACUCAAACAAAAAACUAAAUAAGUUAUCAUCCCUUCUUCACAAACUAUUCGACGUAUCAUGGAGGAAACAUUUGUUCCCCUUCGUGGGAUCAAGAAUGACCUCAAAGGAAGACUUUUGUGCUAUAAACAAGACUGGACCGGUGGUAUCCGAGCGGGUAUCAGGAUCCUGGCUCCAACAACGUACAUAUUUUUUGCUUCAGCAAUUCCAGUUAUAUCUUUUGGGGAGCAGCUGGAGAGAAAUACAGAAGGAAGUUUGACUGCUGUGCAAACUCUUGCCUCAACAGCACUUUGUGGUGUUAUCCACUCAGUUGUUGGAGGACAGCCCCUACUUAUUCUAGGAGUGGCUGAGCCAACUGUGCUGAUGUAUACAUUCAUGUUCAACUUUGUUAAGGACCGGAAGGAUUUGGGGCAGGAGCUCUUCUUAGCCUGGACUGGAUGGGUCUGUGUGUGGACGGCGCUUUUGCUCUUCUUGCUGGCCAUUCUGGGUGCCUGCUCGAUUAUCAAUAGAUUUACACGCCUUGCUGGUGAAUUGUUUGGUCUGCUAAUUGCAAUGCUAUUUAUGCAGCAGGCCAUACGGGGACUUGUGGAAGAGUUUGGCAUACCCCAGAGGGAGAAUCCAAAUCAGACUGCAUUCCAGCUAUCCUGGCGAUUUGGCAAUGGAAUGUUUGCAUUGGUUCUGUCCUUUGGCCUUCUUCUUACUGCACUAAGCAGUCGUAAAGCUAGAUCCUGGCGCUAUGGGACUGGUUGGCUACGGGGAUUUAUUGCGGAUUAUGGAGUUCCUUUAAUGGUGCUUGUAUGGACUGGUGUCUCUUACAUCCCUGUAAAUGAUGUCCCAAGAGGGAUCCCCAGGCGUCUUUUCAGUCCAAAUCCAUGGUCUCCAGGGGCAUACUCAAAUUGGACGGUUAUAAAGGACAUGUUGAACGUUCCUCCAUUAUAUAUAGUUGGAGCAUUUAUACCAGCAACUAUGAUUGCUGUACUUUACUACUUUGAUCACAGUGUUGCAUCCCAACUUGCCCAGCAGAAGGAGUUUAAUCUGAAGAAACCCGCUUCAUAUCACUAUGACCUUCUUCUUCUGGGUUUCUUGGUAAUAUUAUGUGGGCUUAUUGGCAUUCCUCCUUCCAACGGUGUAAUCCCACAAUCUCCAAUGCAUACAAAAAGUUUAGCCACUCUAAAACAUCAGCUUUUGCGGAAUAAGCUUGUAGUGACAGCCCGACAAAGUAUGUGUAAGAAUUCAAAUUUGGGUCAAUUAUACCAGAACAUGCAAGAAGCAUAUAAUGAAAUGCAGACUCCGCUAACCUACCAAAUUCCAUCCACUCUGGGUCUUAAAGAGCUGAAAGAAUCCACUAUUCAAUUAGCCUCCAGUAAUGGCUAUCUUGGUGCCCCUGUUGAUGAGACAGUUUUUGAUGUGGAUAAGGAUAUUGAUGAUCUUUUGCCUGUCGAAGUUAAAGAACAACGCCUUAGUAAUCUGCUUCAGGCAUUAAUGGUUGGCAGUUGUAUUGCUGCGAUGCCUCUUCUAAGGAAGAUCCCAACUUCAGUUCUUUGGGGCUACUUUGCUUUCAUGGCAAUUGAAAGCUUGCCUGGAAAUCAGUUCUGGGAGAGGAUAUUGUUGCUUUUCACUGCUCCAAGUCGAAGAUACAAGGUGCUGGAGGAGUAUCAUGCAACCUUUGUCGAGACUGUGCCCUUCAAAACAAUUGCCACCUUCACCUUGUUCCAGACAGCUUACUUGCUUGUAUGUUUUGGCAUAACAUGGAUACCAUUAGCUGGGGUCCUUUUCCCACUGUUGAUCAUGCUUCUUGUGCCAGUGCGACAGUAUUUUCUCCCCAAGUUAUUUAAAACUGCCCAUCUGCAUGACUUGGAUGCUGCAGAAUAUGAGGAAGCCCCUGCGAUUGCUUUCAACAUGUCAGUUCAAGACCAGGAUGCUCAGGCAAGAAUUCCUAACAUUGAUGGUGCGGAAAUUCUUGAUGAAAUCAUCACAAGAAGCCGUGGUGAGAUCCGUCUCACUCAGAGUGCUAAGGUAACAAGUUCAACCCCUAUUUUGGAUAUCAGGCCUACUCAUAGCCUGCAGGCAUCACCAAGAAAAUACAGCCCCCGUGUAAAUCAACUGAGGGGGGAACAGAGUCCCAGAUUGAAAGGAAAAGAAGUUGAAGCAAAACAAACUCCCAGUCCCGGGCCAUCUAUUCUUGGACAAAGCCCUCCUCGUAGUUAAGUUUUAAGCUAAAACCUAAAUUUGUGAUUAUUGUGAGGUUAGUAGUCAAGGGUGCUCGAGAGGUCCUGUUCUAAAUCAUGUAACCAAGUGUUAUCUUGCAGAUGCGUGUUUCUUUUAUUUCGUCCAACCUUCUAUGCUGUUGUAGGUUGAUUGUCAGUACUAAUACUACUCUUGCUUUGUAUUUACUUAUAUAUAUAUAAAAAAAAAAAAAAAGAAUUACUCCU